AUGAGCAGCUCGAGUGUCGCAGCGAGGGCCGACUGGACGAGUGCCGCCGGCGACGCAUCCACGAGAGCUAUUAUUAUCCGUGAUGCCCCCGGUCGUGUCGCGACAUGCGACGAAGCCCAGGCUCUGAACGAGCUGGCAACCGCAACCGCCCUCGCCCUCGCCCUCGCCCACGCCCACGCGCAGACCCACCCGAUGCCCAAACGCCCCGCGUCUCCCGCGUCUCCCGCGCCCGCCUCCCCAUCCAAGCGUCCCAACCUCCGCACCCUCCCCAAGUCCACCCCCACGCACGCCUCCACCCCACGCACCGCCUCCACCGCCAGCUCCGUCCUCUCCACCCCGUACACCCCCUACACCCCGUACUCCACCUCCGUCCCCUCCGACUCCCCCACGAACCCCUUCGGCUUCAAGCACCGCCUCCAGAAGCUCAAGCUCCCCCCCGCGACCUCCUUCUCCAAACACCUCUCCCUCCGCUUCCAGCUCGUCAAAAGCCCCGCCCUCUCCCCCGCCCAAUGGCCGCUCCUCCCCAGCUCCACGGCCAAACCUAAACCCAAACCCUCCCGCACGGGCUCCCGGCACCACCCCACGCGACGCGAUCCCGCAGCAGCAGCAGCAGCAGCAGCCCGCGCCCCCGCCUCCGCCCAGCUCCCGGAGGGCGAGGAGCUGCCCUACGACGCGCAGGGCGUCUACCGCAUCGUCCAGGUCCCGCUCUCCUACACCUUCCGCCACCUCCACAAGCUCCUCCUCUUCCUCUUCUCCGGCGACCCCAACCCCGCGCCCCCCGCCGCCCCCCGCUCCCCGCCGCCCCGCGGCUACCUCUUCGAGGCCCACGACCAGGUCCUCAUGGGGCCCCGCCCCGGCCAGAUCGCCAGCGCCCGCACGUGGGCGAAGCUCUCGAGCGUCCGCGACCCGUACUACUCCGCGCAGUCCAUCCUCAGCCUCGUCGAGAGCGCGGAGCACGACGACGCGCUCGCCAACGCGCUCGAUAUCGAGGGCGACGACUGGCGCUGGGAGACGGAGGAGGACCUCUCGCUCGCGCAUAUCUGGGAGACCAAGGGCGGCGACGUCCACCACGCGAUCACAUACGUGCGUCUCCGCAACAUCUUCCUCCACCACGACGAGCGGACGACGGUCCACAUCACGGUCAACACGCAGAAACUCGCCCCCCGCAGAGGCGUCGGCAACACCCCCUUCGUCUUCCGCGCCUUCGGCUCCGUCCCCCUCGACCCGUCCUACGCGCCGCCCCCCGCGCCCCCAAAACCCACCCGCGUCUUCCCCGUCCUCCGCAAAGCACCGCACCAGAGCCUCCCCGCGCCGGCGCGCGCCGAGCCGAAGAGGAAGGCCCGAGCGCCGUACGGGGACGAGCGCGGGGACGAGCGCGGGGACGAGGACGAGGACGAGCGCGGGGACGAGCGCGGGGACGAGCGCGGGGGCGAGCGCGGGGACGAGCGCGGGGACGACUUUGACGGCGGGCUCGACACGCGCUACUGGAACCGCCCAGACACAUUCGAGCGCUUCCUCUCCUCCGCCGCGCCGCCCGAGCCCCAGCCCACGCCGCCCGCCUCCCCGCCCUCGCCCGCCCUCCCCGCCUCCCUCCCCUCCCUCCCCUCCUCCCCCUCCCGCGACCCCGACCCCGAUCCUGACCGCGCCCGCGACCUCUCCUUCUCCUCCUUCUCGUCCUCCCCGCUCCGGCUCCCCGUCGUGACGCCCGCCCCCGCGCGCGCGCUCACGCGCAUCCGCGUCGACAGGGCGCAGCGCCGCAUCGAGCGCCUCGUGCGGCGCGCGAUGGAGGAGGAGGCGGCGGCGGAGGAGGAGGCGGCGGCGGAGGCGGAGGCGGCGGCGGAGGCGGAGGCGCUGGAGGUCGAUCAGCUCGAUGCGGACGGGGAGGUCGAUCAGCUCGAUGUGGACGGGGAUGCGGAUGGCGAGGACACGGGCGAGGGCGAGGGCGCGUUCGGGAACGAGGAGGAGGUCUGA